AUGCCUUUUCCCUUCGUGCUGUCCACCACCUCCCAUGUCUCCCUUCAGACGAGCCUCACCUCCUCCACUCACCCAUCCCUGCCCUUCGCGGCCACAUCUCAUCGGUCUGUCCUUCGCGCAGCUCUGAAGAGCCACAAGAGACUGCCCCCUCUCGACCAGGCCACGAAUCUACUGACGCUCGCCACUACCAUCCAAGACUAUCUCCGCUACCUUUUGACCCUAGAUCUUGCGCUGUGCGGGAGACCUGUCGCCGGGGAGGAAGUCGACAUCACAUUGGCCACCGAGCCGGAAAUCGAAUGGCGACCGACCCUCGGCGCAAGUGGGAUUCCAGGCCGCGAGAAUGAAAGGGUCACGGGGAAAGGGCUCGACUAUGAGAUCUUCUUCGUUCACCACACUCUGGCUCUUGUCCAGAGCUUGCUCGCCCGACAAUCGUUGCUGGGGCUAUACGCCUCGGCCAGCCCGACAGCGGAGCAGAGGACAGUGUUGAUCCAAAAUGCGACCAAAUGUCUCAAAGUGGCCCAUUCUCUUCAUUCCUAUCUACUCCUCAGGGCGAAAUCUCCUUUGGGAUCCGACGGGCCUCUAAACUUCCCGCCCAGCGCCGUGGAUGUUUCUCCGCCGGCGCAGUCCGCUCUGCAGCAUUUGGCCCACGCCGAGUUCAACCUCUUAUGUGUAUUAAAAGACGACCCAUAUCCCGCUCUGCUGGUCCAAUCGCGCAACAAAGACGAUCGAGACUGGAUGAUUAGAGCGCCUUCAAUCCCCAAAGUCCGCGCCCAAGUGUUGACCCGGCUGUGCAUUGGAGCAGCAGAGCAUGCUUCCCUAGCAUCGGUGGCAUUGAAAUCAGACAGCUACAAGGUCUCGAAGGAUCUGCUGGAGUAUUGCGAAGGAGUGCGGAAAGCUGCGCGGGCCAAGGCCUGCCGGUUCCAGGCUCUGGAUGAAGACUUGGCUGGGGCGACGGGGAAAGCUAUAGCAUGGCUACGGGCGGCGAGAAACGAACUUGGACUAGAAGUGGCUAAGGACGGGUCUAAGUCUUCCGGCCUGGGCAAGUUGAAGGCUUCUUGGAGCGAGAGAAGAGAAGACAAGAGGAUCGAAAAGGGUAGUUCAGCCUGGGGCCUGGACGGGGGAAAGCUCGAAGAGGCGCGGAUAGUGGAGUAUCUCGACCACAAGAUGAGCAAGGAGAACGACACGAUCAACGUGCAGCUGAUCCCGGAAUGGAGGCCACUCCUGGCAUCUCUCCCGAGCGGGAUGAACAUGCCCAUCGACGAGAAGUGGACGCCGGUGGUUCUGGAAGAGGAUGAGCUGGCCACCAUGCGAGCUCCGCCAGAAAACAAGGACAUGGCAGACGGGGGGAGUUCGGAGGACGACGAUGGCGGCCCAAAAUCCCCGGUGGGCGCAUUUCCGGGGACGCAGCACGACUAUGGCGGACAUAGGACCACGUACUAUUGA